AUGAGUGGACGCGAGUGCGCCGAAUGUGCACGGGAGGCGGACGGUCGCAAAAAUGGCGAUCGGUGUGAGGCGGUGGCUCCAGGAAUUGGAAACUGCCGAGUACGGGAGAAUGCCGUUGGACGCUUCGGAAAUUUCUGCAAGACACCACAAUACGGCAUAACCACCACCAACAAAUCGUUCAUUUGCACGCUACUCUCUUGUGAGUGA